AAAACCAGGAGGAAAGAAAAGGCGAAUUGCUAUUGCUAUAAAUAAACGAGCGAUUCAGAAGCAAAUCGUCUUCAGACGGAACGUGGUCCGACGUAGCCGCCGCGUGCAUCUCCGGUCCUCUGCUUCCGCUAUCUGUGGUGUUCGUGAUCGAGUCGUUCCGCAGAAUCGUCGGAGCGAAAAUAAGGGCGAGGUGUACUUACAAAGAGGUUUGCGAAUUGGUCGAGAAGAUGCAUUCGACACACCUGCUUCUCGAAGAACCGAUCAGGAUGUCUUCUAUCCUGGAGCCGUCGAGAUCUAGUUUUUUUCCGGCAAUGACGAAGAUCGUUGGGACGCUUGGGCCUAAGUCGCGAUCUGCGGAGGUGAUAUCUGCCUGCCUCAAAGUUGGAAUGUCUGUGGCGCGCUUUGACUUUUCUUGGGGAGACGUGGAUUAUCACCAGGAAACCUUGGAAAACCUCAAGGCGGCUGUCAAGAGCACCAAAAAGCUGUGCGCGGUAAUGCUGGACACUGUUGGACCUGAGCUGCAGGUUGUUAAUAAAAGUGGGAAUGGUAUUUCGCUGGAAGCAGAAGCAACAGUAGUUCUUACUCCUGACCAAAACAAAGAAGCCUCCUCUGAACUGUUGCCAAUUAAUUUUACUGGGCUAGCUAAGGCAGUUAAAUCAGGAGACACAAUAUUUAUUGGCCAAUACUUAUUCACUGGAAGCGAGACAACUUCAGUUUGGCUGGAGGUAAUUGAGACGCAAGAUGAUGAUGUUGUUUGUGCAAUAAAGAACUCUGCUACUCUAGCAGGGUCUCUAUUUACUUUGCACAUUUCUCAAGUCCAUGUUGAUUUGCCUACACUUUCUGAAGCUGACAAGGAGGUUAUCAGUACUUGGGGAGUUAGAAAUAAAAUUGAUUUCUUGUCACUUUCUUAUACAAGGCAUGCUGAGGAUGUCCGCCAUGCCCGUGAAUUCUUAUCAAAGUUGGGUGAGCUACAACAAACUCAAAUUUUUGCAAAAAUUGAAAACAUUGAGGGAUUAACCCACUUUGAUGAAAUUCUUCAAGAAGCAGAUGGCAUCAUUCUUUCACGUGGAAAUCUUGGAAUUGAUCUUCCACCUGAAAAGGUGUUUUUAUUUCAGAAAGCUGCUUUGUACAAGUGUAAUACAUCUGGAAAACCUGCUGUGGUUACCAGAGUGGUUGAUAGUAUGACCGACAAUCUCAGACCAACUCGUGCUGAGGCAACUGAUGUGGCAAAUGCCGUACUUGAUGGGAGUGAUGCAAUUCUUCUGGGCGCUGAAACUCUUAGAGGAUUAUACCCUGUUGAAACUAUCUCAACAGUCUGCAAAAUAUGCGCAGAGGCGGAGAAAGUUUUCAACCAUGAACUAUAUUUCAAAAAGACCGUAAGAUUCGUUGGAGAACCAAUGACCCAUUUGGAGUCAAUUGCCUCUUCUGCUGUUCGCGCUGCUAUUAAAGUUAAGGCUUCUGUCAUUGUCUGCUUUACUUCAUCUGGAAGAGCUGCUAGGCUAAUUGCAAAAUAUAGGCCCACCAUGCCUGUUAUAUCUGUCGUCAUUCCUCGGCUUAAGACAAACCAAUUAAAAUGGAGCUUCACGGGUGCUUUUGAGGCAAGACAAUCUCUUAUAGUGAGAGGUCUUUUCCCAAUGCUUGCUGACCCCCGACAUCCUGCUGAGUCCACUGGUGCCACAAAUGAAUCAGUUCUGAAGGUUGCCUUGGAAUAUGGCAUUGCAUCUGGUGUGAUCAAGGCACACGAUCGUGUUGUUGUUUGCCAAAAAGUGGGGGAUGCUUCGGUGGUGAAGAUUGUAGAGCUUGCAGAUUGAGAGAGCUUAGCUCAUGAAGCUCUCUCACACUACCAAAUUUUAUAUCUGGUUUUUGUAACUUUUUUUUCCCCCUCUAGCGUUUCAUUGGCUGUAUCAACAGCUUUUUUGUGGUCACUGUAAGCUUAUUUUUUAUGCUCUGUUUGCGAGCUUAAUAAUGCUCAUGAAACUAGAACUUUAAUACAAGCUUUUGGGUUAGAAGUUUGAAUUAUAGUG